AGGAAGUAGAAGAAAGAUGGUGCCAAAAUUUCUCUAAAAUUACAGAAUUAGAUAAAGAGGAUAGAUAUCCUCUAUUAAUAGGACAAAUAGUGCAAGCAAAUUUGCCUACGUUAUAUAUGAAGGAAUAG